UCUUGUUUGAAUCCUGAUUUCAAUUUUUUAGGUCAGUGUGAUUUAUGUGAAUGUGAAUUAAUUUCUGACUUAAUUUGGGAGUUUACUUAUAAAAUUUGGGAAACUUAUAUAAACAAUUUAAUGGAGACUUUGGAGGGUUAUUUAGCCUUAGUUUUAAAGACUCUAGUGAUGAAGAUGGGUGUCUGUUACCACCAUCGCCGCCGCGUGUUUUCGCAAUGUCAGCCCAUUUUUCGUUUCCUGAGGAAUUUCACGGCUUCAAUUUCCAUUUCACACGAUUGGUCACUCCGCAAACGUAACGUCGAGAUAACUAUUCUGGGUCGCCGCGGAAAGCUCAAAGAAGCAAGGAAGCUGUUCGAUGAAAUGCCUCAACGAGAUGCUGUUUCCUACAACUCCAUGAUCGCCGUUUAUCUGAAGAACAAGGACGUACACGGGGCUGAAACGAUAUUCAAGGCAAUGUCCGAGAGAGAUGUUGUUGCUCAGUCCGCAAUGGUUGAUGGGUAUGCUAAAGCUGGUCGCUUGGAUAAUGCACGCGAGGUGUUUGAUAAUAUGACUGAGAGAAAUGCGUUCUCUUGGACCAGUUUGAUUUCUGGGUAUUUCAGGUGUGGGAGAACUGAGGAGGCUUUGCAGUUAUUUGAUCAAAUGUCUGAGAGAAGUGUGGUGACUUGGACUACCAUGGUUUCUGGUUUUGCUCAGAAUGGAUUGGUCGAUCAUGCUCGCAGGUUCUUUGAUCUCAUGCCUGAAAAGAACACCAUUGCUUGGACAGCUAUGGUGAAGUCAUAUCUUGACAAUGGUCAAUUCAGUGAGGGUUAUAAGCUCUUCCUUGAAAUGCCUGAAAGAAAUGUUCGUUCGUGGAACGUCAUGAUCUCAGGUUGUCUGAGUGCCAAUAGAGUGGAUGAGGCUAUACAUUUGUUUGAAACAAUGCCGGAUAGGAAUCAUGUUUCAUGGACGGCUAUGGUUUCGGGUUUGGCUCAGAACAAGAUGGUUGAGGUUGCAAGGAAGUAUUUUGAUAUCAUGCCUUUUAAAGACAUGGCAGCUUGGUCUGCAAUGAUCACUGCAUAUGUUGAUGAGAAGCUCCUUGGUGAAGCUCUUGAGCUUUUCAACUUGGUGCCGGAGAAAAAUGUUGGGAUUUGGAACACAAUAAUUGAUGGUUAUGUAAGGAAUGGUGAAGCAGGGGAAGCCUUAAGGCUCUUUAUUUUGAUGCUGAGAUCUUGCUUUAGACCCUGUGUAACCACUAUGACUAGCAUCAUCACCUCCUGUGAUGGCAUGGUGGAGAUCAUGCAAGCUCAUGCAAUGGUCAUCCAUCUCGGGUUUGAGCAAAACACUUGGGUAACAAAUGCUCUUAUUACUCUGUAUUCCAAAAGUGGGGAUCUUUGCUCUGCCAUGCUUGUUUUUGAGCUUCUAAAAUCAAAAGAUGUAGUGUCAUGGACUGCAAUGAUUGUAGCCUAUGCAAAUCAUGGACAUGGUCACCAUGCAUUACAGGUAUUUGCUCGCAUGGUAACAUCAGGAACUAAACCAGAUGAGAUCACCUUUGUGGGACUCUUAUCAGCAUGUAGUCAUGCUAGUCUUGUCAACCAAGGUAGAAGAGUGUUUGACUCAAUCAAGGGUGCCUAUAAUUUAAAUCUCAAGGUUGAGCACUAUUCCUGCCUUGUAGAUAUGCUAGGUCGAGCAGGACUUGUGAAUGAAGCAAUGGAUGUAGUAUCAACUAUCCCUCCUUCUGAGAUCGAUGAAGCUGUUCUUGUAGCAUUGCUUGGUGCCUGCAAGCUACAUGGGAAUAUUAAAGUAGCAAAUUCAAUUGGCCAGAAGCUAUUAAGUUUAGAGCCGACUAGUUCAGGGGGGUAUGUGCUACUAUCCAAUGCAUAUGCGGCAGAAGAGCAAUGGGAUGAGUUUGCACAAGUAAGGAAAAGAAUGAAGGAGAAGAAUGUGAAGAAAAUUUCAGGAUUUAGUCAAAUACAAGUAAAAGGAAAAAAUCAUUUGUUUUUUGUUGGGGAAAGAUCUCAUCCCCAGGUUGAGGAAAUUUACGGAUUUUUGCAACAGAGUCUUCAACCUUUGAUGAGGGAAACGGGUUAUACACCAGAGAACUCAUUGUUAAUAGAUACUUUUCACAAUUAAUUUAACACUAACCAGAGUUAUAUAUGACAAAAAGAAAUUUACUUCAUUUACCGGUUACAAGGAUGCAAAGUUUAACUUAAAAUAAUUACUUUAUGUUUCUUGCAAUCGAAUGACUGAAUGAGCAGGAGUGGACACAAGCACAGAAGAGGGAACUGGAAAGGUUUAAAGUGAAAAUGUUGCUUACUGUUCAGCUCCAAAGUCCAAAUCAAAUUCAAACAAGUAAUGAUUUAUCCGGCUGUUCUAAUCAUGGGAUUUUUAAAAGCUGCAGGUAUGCCUUUUUCUUUUUUAUGUGUGGUCCACAUGGGAAAGAAAAUAUUCAGAAGUGACCAUGAAAUCCAGUCACAUUAUGAUUAAUAGACUAUGAAAGUGAGUAGCUCAAACAAUUAGAAAAUGCCAAAGCUUGGCCUCUUGACUUCUUAACAACCACCAGGAAAUCAGGCUCUUGUAUUAAGGAAGGACUAUUCAUGACUAGAGAAACAAGGUACGGAUAGAGACUGCAACAUGUUGGAAUAAGAUUAGAGAGAUAAUAACCUCAUCAUAAUGCAUAUAAUCCAAGUUCAAAUCCCUUAUAGAACAUGGAUUUGACCAGGUCAUAUAUAUUUAACUAUUUGAACAAGCAAUGAGACACGUUUCCUUUUUGUAGGUUAGCUAGCAGCAAGUUUAUGCAGACACAAGGAACCUUUCCCCUUUACCUUCUUUUGAGAAGCAAGGUUCACCAACAGCUUUCUCAUAUGUCAUUCACAAAAAGAGAGAUUCCCUGAGCUCUCACUACUCUUAUUAUUUUCCUUUGCUUCAUCCAUCGUUUUCUUCCUUUACUGGGGCAACUUGCUUUGAAGAAAACUAUCCAAACUAUUUAUCUAUUAUAAAUUUACCAAAAUAGCUUAUUAGAUGUG